AACAUUUAGAUACAUUCAUAAAACGAAAAUACGUCCCAACAGCAAAAUGUCGAAAACCAUUUUAUUUUUCUUCGUAAUCGUUUGCAUUUCUGGUAUCCUUGCCAGACCUAACCCGAAACCUAAAAGUGAUGAUGGCGAUGUUUCCAAUGACCAACAUACAGUUCCCGGCGGAAAUGGUGGUGAUCCCAUCCACAACCGUAGGAAAAGGGAAUUGCUUGCUAAAAAUGAUGGUGAUGAUGAUGUCUCCCUUGCUGAUUACCAAGAACCCGGCGCAAACGGAUCUCAUGAUCCCGGCAAUCGUUUGGUAGCAAAAGCUAACGACGAUGAUUCGUCAUCUGAAGGCGAUGUCAUCCUCAGCCCUGACUAUAUCUACACACAAGGAGAUGAUAAUUAAAUAUUAAUGUAUUAAAUCGAUCGUCAUAGUCCCUAACUAUCUAUUUCAUGUAUAUACAAGAAGAAGGUAAUUAAACGUUAAUGUAUAAAUUAAGUAAGAAUAUAGAAAUAAAUAUUAGAAGUGCAA